AGUUACAGAUCCGAGACCCGCGCAUGCCCAAGAGCAGACGGGUGACAGCGGUACCAUUUGUGGGCAAGGACGUUCCCAGUACAAAGUCCGAGUUCUCCCAUCCCGACGUUUUGAUUGGCUUAACAGCGCUGAGCUACCGAUAUCAAGGACUGCGGAAGAGCGAUUUCAAGACGCUCAUAAAAGCUAUGCAGGACGAGUUUUGGGAUGAGGGAGGGCCAUUUGCCAAACGUCCGUCGGCUGUGAUGUAUGCGGAGUGGGUGGUCAAGGCCGGGUGUCGCGUGCGUGGCUCGCUUCUGGGUAGGUCUGACUCAUCGAGUUUGUUCUAUUUAUAG